UGGGACCAAGAAAUACAAACCCGAUCGAGUUUGUGUUCUCAAGUUUUACCAUGGAUGAAUCCAUCCUUCAAUUCACCCGUGUUGUAAACGAUUUUUAAUUGAAUAAUCUAAUAUCAAUAAGCCGAGUUACCGGUUUAGGAUUCAUGCAAACCAUAAAUGGUUUUGGUUGGUUCCUCUCUCUUGAUUAUACCAUUCGGUCGCCAUAAAUAUCAGUCUCCGCGUAAAGAAACUCAUAAAUAUCAACCCCAUAAAUAUCAGUUUUCGCGUGCCACAGACACUGCCCCUCAGCCUCUCUCCCAUUUUCCAUCUUGCGUACGUUAUUACGUUUUCUUUUUAUAUUGAUUGUAUACCCAAUUAUGGUAGCUAGAUUCUUCCCCUGGCAAUGUCGGAAGUAGAACAGGAACACAGAUCUCCAGCAAAAUCAAAGGAGUUGGGUUCUGGAGAGAGAUUCUUCCGCCUUUUUAAGUGAUUUCUCGGGGUGAUAAUUCAUGUAGAAUACUCAUUGGCUCAUUAAAUCAAGAAAUAUUGCCCCUGAGAAUGAUGGGUUUGAGCCAGAUUAAGUGUUGUUUAGUUCUUGUUGUCUGUCUGUCCCUCUGCACCGCUCUCUCGGCCGUCGCGUUUGUUUCAGAUGUUAUAUCUGGACAACGAGUUUUGAGUCAGAGGAGGCUCCUUCAGUCUAAGAAACCUUGCCCUGUAAACUUCGAGUUUCAGAACUACACCAUCAUCACUAGCCAAUGCAAGGGACCCAAUUACUCGCCUAAACUGUGUUGUUCAGCUUUCAAAGAUUUUGCUUGCCCAUUCGUGGAUGAGCUGAACGACUUGAGCAACAGCUGUGUUACAACCAUGUUCAGCUAUAUCAACAUCAAUGGCAAGUAUCCGCAAGGUCUGUUUGCUAGUCUGUGCCGGGAAAAAAAGGAAGGGCUCGAAUGCCCUCCAGAUCCACCAUCCUCUCCACUAUCAGAUGAAGAUAACAAAAGCAGCGGGAGCCGGAUAAUAUGUCAAGUGUUGUCAGUGGCGAUGCUCUUAGCAGCUAAUCUUGUGCUGUCUCUGCAGUUGUUUGUAUGAGACUUGCAACAUGUGAUUCAUUAUGUUUCUGUUGCUACUUCAAGAACCUAACUAGAAUUUGCAUGAAUAAAAGUCAUCAAGUUUCUUGCUGCC